CCAACAUUCAACGCGAAUCAAAUAGUUUUUCAGUAAUCAAUGGCUAACUCCGUAGAUCGAAUUCAGAAUGUUCGAAGCAAUAAUUUACUGAUCGCUGAAGAUGGCGGGAAUCAGAAACGAUUGCAAAAUCUACUUUUUGAAACAGCAGUUCGGUAUGCUACGGCUAAUAAGCAUGUUAUCUUUGUAACGGAAAAGCCCAUCGAUAGCGUAUCACCCGAAGUCUUCAGCAACUACAGCACUAUCUACAAGAAAAUUAUAUUCAUUUAUUCAAAAUCGGCUGAAGCAGUGCUACUGAAACUGAACGACAUCAAAGGAUGGAAUUUCACACCCAGCUUGGUAAUUGUAGAAUCCAUCCAGAACCUGCUGCGAGGAGCCAGCAGUAGUGGAGAGGAUCUGCACUAUGCCUAUAGUGUUUUCCUGGCAUCGGUGCUGGAUACCAUUUGCUUCUUUUCCCAGAAGCAGUGCGACCGAUCACAGUGUAUCAUCACCGUUGGGCGGGACGUAAUCGAUUCUGGAAGCGUUGUGGUAGAACCAUUCUUUAAGCAAAGCAAUUUGGUGCACGGAAACGAUAUCAACUUAUGUUCCGAUGUACUUGACAUGCUAAGAGAAUGUUGCUGAAAUGAAGACUAAAAGAGAUUUUAACGUAAUAUAGCUUGGGGGUGCCUUUUUUGUUGAACGAAUCACCUCACCUUUCCAAAUGUUCGGUUAGCAAAUGUUAACCCUUUCCCGCCCAAAG